UUGCACCAACGGGUGAGGUUUUAGGCUGCCAUGGAGAUUGGAGAGCAGCUAGCAGAGGUUUUUCCUGCAAUAGCUUUCUUUAUCCUUCGAAGAACAGGGGAGCCUGAUGAUCGCAAGUAGAAUGGCCCUGCUUCAGCAUGUGUGCUCUGUGCCUCUCCCACGUUUUGUGCGCCGGCGCCCGCUCUCCUCCAUAGCCGCCACUGCCGUGGCCGCGCCUUCCCCUCGUGUCUCCGUUACCACUCCCUCUAAUUCACGAUCACCUAACAUCGACCCCCAUGCGCUGCUCGGCAUGACUGAGCAGGAUCUGCAGCAGCUCGCCGUCGAAUUUGGCCAGCAAAGUUACAGAGGAAAGCAACUACACCAUCUACUUUACAAGAGAAAGGUGAAAGACAUUGAGGAUUUUAGCCAACUGCCUCAAGCAUUUAGGAAUGGCCUUCGAGAAGCUGGAUGGAAGGUAGGACGGUCACCUAUUUAUCGCACUGUGACAGCAGCUGAUGGCACUGUUAAGUUAUUGAUAAAAUUGGAGGACAACAGAUUGAUUGAAACUGUUGGCAUACCAGUUGAAGAUGAAAAUGGUUCAAUGCGCCUUACUGCAUGUGUCUCAUCACAGGUUGGCUGCCCAUUGCGGUGUUCGUUUUGUGCAACUGGAAAGGGUGGGUUCUCUAGGAAUCUCAAGAGGCAUGAGAUUGUUGAGCAGGUAUUGGCUAUUGAGGAAAUCUUCAAGCAUAGAGUGACCAAUGUGGUAUUUAUGGGAAUGGGUGAGCCCAUGUUGAACCUGAAGUCAGUAUUGGAAGCACACCGUUGCUUGAAUAAGGAUGUGCAAAUUGGGCAAAGAAUGAUCACAAUUUCCACUGUUGGAGUUCCUAACACUAUUAAGAAACUGGCUUCUCAUAAGCUUCAGUCAACAUUGGCUGUCAGCUUGCAUGCACCUAACCAGAAACUCAGAGAAACAAUUGUGCCCAGUGCAAAAUCCUACCCCCUGGAUGCACUCAUGAAGGAUUGCAGGGACUACUUCCAAGAAACCAGUCGCCGAGUAUCUUUUGAGUAUGCACUUCUAGCUGGAGUCAAUGAUAAAGUAGAACAUGCAACAGAACUUGCCGAAUUACUGCAUGAGUGGGGACGUGGUUAUCAUGUGAAUCUGAUUCCUUUUAAUCCAAUAGAGGGCUCUGAGUUUAGGCGACCAUACAAAAAAGCGAUGUUGGCAUUUGCAGGUGCACUAGAGUCCCGUAAAAUAACUGUUAGCAUACGUCAAACAAGGGGCCUGGAUGCGAGUGCUGCUUGCGGUCAGCUAAGAAAUGAGUUCCAAAAAGAUCCUUUGAUCACUGAAUCUGACAGCUCCGAAUCUCAGCCAGAUCUUGCAGUUGCUUGUUGAUGCCACAGAUUGGUCUUGCUGGAUUCAGUACCCGCUUUUUUGUGUAGUGCAGAGUUAGCAUCCUAUUUUCUCCAAUCUGUUGUAAUUUGCAAGAUAGAUGGCCUUUUACUGCUGCUCUGCCAUUGCCUACAACAAAGGUCUCUCUCUGGUCCAUGGUGCAUGAAUACUGAAUACCGAAUACCUGCUGGAUACUUCCCAACCAAAAAGCUGGCCGCAGUGGGAAGCUGAUGGCUCUUGACAAACAGGAGGAGAACCAGCAUCUCCUUUACUCCCAAAGAAAUCACCAUCCUAUCAUUAGGCUUAAAUGUUUGACCACCAACAUGUUAGAAUUGUCUGUAUACAAAGUCAACUUCCUAUCUUUCCUUUUUCCAUGUUCAAGUUGAACAUGGUUUGUUUUAAAAAAAUACUUCCUUCAUAGAACUUUAGGAGGCCUAGUUAAUGAUUAGAUGUCACUAUCUAAAUUUAUAAUUAAAUCAGUGAAGUGCAU